UAGUAAGUAGUAAACGAGAAAGGCACACACAAAUAGGGUUACAUAGGAUUCGGUUUCAAUUCAGCAGCUGGGAUCUGCAUGAUGAAUCCCUCUGAAGGCAAGUCACAGAAAUUCAACCACAAACUAAUGAAUCCCUGUGAAGGCAAGUCACGGAAAUCCAACGGUUCGGUGGAAUUCCUCCCUGAAGAACUCAUCACAGAAGUUCUAUCAUACCUUCCAGUCAAAUCUUUAAUGCAACUUAGAUGCGUGUGCAAAACAUGGAACACCCUCAUCUCUCAUCCCAAAUUCAUCAAACAACACCUUCAACAAUCCAAAAAGAAAACUCAAAUCCUGUGCAUGUUUCGUGAUUUUUCUAUCUUACCCUUCCCCCUCGAUACUUUACUAAACAAUCCUUCCAUAAUCAAAUCCACCAAAUAUUACUUCCCAUCCAACCCCGACUACCACUACCGAUUCGUUGGUUCCUGUAAUGGAUUGUUCUGUUUCUUUCUUACUGAAUUAAGCAAACCAAAUACCUGCUUUCAGUUAUGGAACCCAGCCACCAACACAUUGUCUAACAAAUUUGGUCAUCGUAUUUCUAAAUAUGAUCCUGAUAUUGACAUUUCUCUAUUUUCAUUUGGUUAUGAUAAUUCAACAGAUACUUAUAAUACUGUGUGUUUCCAUCAAGACCAGUUUGAAAUAUUUAGUUCCCGCAGUAAUUUUCGGAAAAUAAUUCCAGUUCUUGGCAUGUCAUUGUCUCCCUUAAUUCACUCGGAUCCUAUUCCCUAUAAACACAAGUUUUUCAGUGAUGCUGUGUAUUUGAAUGGCACUAUUAACUUGUUGGCCCGAACCCGAGUUAUUGCUAUAAAAAUUGUGAUUAUCUCCCUCAAUCUGGGCACCUACACCUACAGCACGUUCCUUCCUCCUCAAGAUUUUGUUGCAGCACGUCAUUUGCCAACUAUUCAUGUGAUGGAAGGCUCUCUCUAUUUUAGUCACUAUAUCCAAAAAUCCCAUUUUAUUAUAUGGAAGAUGACGGAAUUUGGAAAUGAAAACUCUUGGACUCAAUUUCUUAAAAUAAGCCCUAUGGAUCUGAAUAUUCAUAUGGAACAUAAAUAUUUUCUGGCUCCAUUGUGCCUUUAUGAGAGUGGCAUCGCACUGGUACUCAGGGGAGAGGAUGUCCGAUUGCAAGUGACUGUCUACAAUUGGAGUGAAAAUAGAAUAAAAAAAACUAGAAUGCUCAUGCGAACGAAGUGGAUGUUUAACCAAAAUUAUGUUGAAAGCUUGGUUCCCACAAGUUGUGUAAGUUCCUCUGAAAGCAGCUUGGUUUCUGAGAGUUGAUAGCCACAACUCAACUUCAAGCAUUAUUGAUGGUCGCUUGCUGAUGGUGGAAGGAAAGAAUGGGAGAAAUAGCCUUAUUAGAACUAUAUUUUCUUUAGUUUUCUUACAAUAAUUUUUAUUUAUUUAUUUAUAUCUCUUUGAAAACAUUGGCAUGAAUUUCUGCUCUAUAGUGUUUAUGUCUUAUUAGAACUAUAUUUUCUUUAGUUUUCUUACUAUUUUUUUUUUAAUUUAUUUAUA